AUGCCAAAGGUCAAGGGCUACUCGGCAGCUUGGCUGUCGAAAAACGCCCCCGGCAACCAGCUCUUUGAGCCUUCAGCCGAAUCCCUUCGAUCCAGGGCCCUGUCGCCGGGAAAGAAGAAGCAGUUUCCCGGGCCUAGGCGGACGAUUGCCCGACGCGGAACGGAAGUGUUUGUCGCUGUGGGCAGGGAGAUCCGAUGGGGUGACCUGGUCUACCUCAAGGAAGAAUGGACGGACAAACAGUCGCGGAGGAGGAGCAGCGUGGGUGUUCGAAUCAAGCGCGAGGACGACACUCUACAGUCGAUUGAUACGGAUGGCACUGACUCGGCGGGCGGAUGGAGGAUAAUCAAGACGCCAGCGGCCGACGAUAUCCGGCAGCUCAUCAUCUCGCCCAAUACCAACCUGCUGGCCAUUCUCACGACACACACCGUACACAUCUGCGCACUGCCCGACUCAUCUCACCUCACGAGCGAAGACACCAGCCCACUGAAGCCCAAAACAUACACACUUGGGCCUACGACCCACGUCACUUCUCGCUCUGCCAUUGUAUCCGCCCUAUGGCACCCCCUAGGAGUUAACGGCUCUUGCAUUGUGACCAUCACGGCCGACGCAACGGUCCGCCUGUGGGAGCUUUCGACGCAGGACCGCUGGUCAUUUGACUCUCCGACGACGUCGAUAGACCUCAAGAAGUUGGUGGAUGGCACCAGCGUUGAUCAAGAUUUUUCGGCGUCGGUAUCGGCCACUAGCAAGGCCUUCUCGCCCGAUGAGCUUGAGAUGGAGGUGGCAGCAGCAAGCUUCGCGACUAAGGGCUCCGGCGGCUGGAAUCCGAUGACGUUGUGGAUUGCGAUGCGCGAGGGCGACGUGUAUGCGCUGAGUCCCCUUUUACCACAGCGAUGGGCACCUCCGCCGACACUGAUUCCUUCUCUUUCGGUCUCCAUUGUUACCACAGUAGCAGCCAUCGAGGACGACCCCAGUGUGGACGCCAAGGAACAGCUUCUGGCGCAACAGCAGCUCCAAUGGAUGGGCGAAAUUGAUUCCCAGGAGCCUCAGAUCAUGGAUUCCAUUAUCCCAGGAGAACCAGCUCUCGAGGUCUACACCAGACCCUCGCGGCCCGGUGCCAUCCCUCGCCUCCAAGGACCUUUUGACCUGCAGGCAAGCCCGGAAACAGGAGAUGACUUGGAUAGCUCCAUCACAGACAUCCUCGUGAUUGGAAAGAAGACAGAGACGGAGGAUCUCAUGCUGGGUGAGGAAGACGAACUGGACUUUGAUAACGGAGACCAGGAAGGCCUCUCUCUGGCUCUUGUUUGCUUGCUAUCUACAAGUGGUCAGGUCCGCGUCUACUUGGACACAGACGGAGUCCAGGCCCAGUGGCUACCUCCCAAAGGCAAGAGCAGGUUUAGCCAAGUGCUGAAAGCUGCUGAUAUGGAGCCCCCCACGCUUCUGGCAUUCCAAGCCAUUGACACCAUGACCCCAGUCGAGGUCAACGAGGGCAGCUGGCCAGUCUUCAGUACAGACGUCGUGUCCCGAUACAACUUUUUUGUCACUCACCAUGCGGCCAUCACAUACAUUUCCCUUGCCCCUUGGAUCUUCAGGCUCGAGAGCGAGCUGCGUGGGGAGCACGAGACUGGCACAGACUUCCGUCUUGGCCUCUUGGCCAACUCACAGUCCACCAGAGAUAGGGUAUACGCCCAGCAGGCGGCAGAUGCCGCACUCCCACUGGCAGCCUGCGUUGCCAUCCGCGAUCCCGAUCUUGGCUAUUUCCUCCUCUCGGCGACGCCUUAUGAGCCCAUCGCCCUGACGUUUGAAACGCCCGAUGACGAACCAAUCACCGUACGACAGGAGAGUCCCGCCCGUGAGCGUGAGAUGAGCAUGGCACCUCUGGACUUCUACGAGCCCCGACCAGUGUACAGUAUUCCACAUACCUUUAGCGAGUCGUCCGCCGUGCCAGAGCUGCUGGAGCGCCUUCGCACAUCUCGCCACAAGACCAUUGUUAACCAGGAGGUGAGGCUCAGCCCGCUAACGCUGUCCCUCUUCACCGAUGCGCAUAAGAUCCUCAGUGAUGAGACAUACCGACUGGGCGUGGCGGCGGCCGAAGUCUUUCGCCGAUGCGAACUCUUACAGGCGGAGCUACGGCAGCAGGUCAGGAAGGCAAACGAGGUCAAGGGCAAGAUUGACACCAUCAACGGAUCUCAUAGAGAGGAUAACGAGCCGGACAGCGCAAUGUACGAGAGGCGGAUCAAUGAGGCAAAGGAGCGACAGGAACGACUGACGCGACGGAUGGAGGACCUGCGAAAGAUGGUCAGUAAGACUACCUCACGGGAACUCAGCACCAAAGAGCGGGCGUUUGUAGAGGAGGUCAAGGCGAUGGACGCUAGCGUGUCUGGACCGGCCGGAGCUGAAGCUGGGCCAAGGAACCAGGCCAAGCAGGUAUGGAGGCGGCUGGAGGAGGUCAAGAGGUUGCAGGCUGAGCUGGUGGCCGAGGCCGAGGCCUUGAAGACGGCGAGCGGCACCGCAUCCCCGGCUAGCAGCGUGGAGCUGCGUAUUCCUCAAGACAUACGACGUAGCAAGCUACAGCAAGUGCAAGGACUACUGUCCCGAGAGUCUGCGCUAGUUGAAGCGGUAACGUCACGACUGGAGCGGCUUCAGGCGAGCUUGUAA